CACCCAGGUCCCCUCUGCAAAUCCCGGCAUUGCACGGGGAAAGGCAGCCAGCUGGGGGACACGUCACCCAGCCGCGGGCAGUCCACGCCAACUGUUCCCGCCAGGCUCCCCCUUGCAGGAGACCUCUGCAAGGCGUCAGGAGUGGGGACGAGACACACAGUCAUGGGCGUGUGUUGCAGGUGACCAAGCCAGGGCAACAGGGAAAUGUAGAAGAUGAAAACAAGAAACGCUAUUUUCUUUUUCUCCAGAUGCUGUGCACCUGUGGGCGUGGAAGGCCGAGCGGUGGCCUGUGACAUCAGCGGGCGAUGCACUGUGACCUCGUGUCCCUUGCUGCUUGUCUCCGGGCACCAGCAGAGCCUGGGCCAGUCUGGCUCGUGCCUGGGCUCCUGCCGAGCGUGCCUGCGAGGUCUGGAGGGUCGAGCAAGGUUUCUCCUGGUGCUGGGUGGUGCUUUGGUGGCUGCCAUCGGCAGCUCUCAGUGCCCAUCCCAGAACCAUGCCCUGUGUUUCCCCAGCCCUGCCUGGUUCAGGCAGCUGGGCACCGCGGGGUGCGCUUGCAGCAGCGGAGCGCACGACAGCCGCCGCUGCAGCGCCAGCAAGAGGGAGCAGCUCCUUGUCCUCAGCGCUUCCCAGCUCACCUCAGCAUGCAGAGAGCAUGGCCACCGAGAGCGAGUGGAGCUGCCCCAUCUGCUGCGACGAUCAAGACGACAUCGCCUGCAGGGGCCUGCGGGGCUGGUGCCCUGGGCUCAAGUGGGCAGCUUCCCUCCUGCGGUCUGGGCGGACUUUUUCAAGAGCCACCCCAAUAACAUCAGGCCCCUGCUGCCCUGGGUGCGACAUGAGCUCGGGGUGCUCUACGAGGAGCAGUGGUGGGAGGUGGCUGCCGCGGAGGGGAUCAUUGUGGCCCACCUGUGCCUCUGGGGUCUGGACGAGGAGGUGUUGGUGCAGAAGCUGCAGAACUGCCUGUCACAACACACGCGGACAUUCGUCCCCCGGCUCAUCACCGCCGCCGUUCGCCUGUGCGGCUGGGCGGUCCGCCAGCACCUGGGCCAGCAGGACCCCCGCGCUGCCGGCGGGGAGGACAACGGCCCUGCAGCCAGCCCCAGCUCCACGGCCUCCCCGGGGUGGACUCCCGCUCCCCACCCGGCCUCCUCCAGCAGCGCUGCAGGCCCCGACGUGGAAGAGGAAGCCAGCACGUCAGAGGCCACCCUCCGCGGGGGUCCCGACAGCCGCCCAUCUGCGCCUGUCCCUGCAGAGCAAGAUCAGCCCCAGGAGGAGCCGGGGGAGGCGGCGGCGGCAGGUCCCUCUGCCCAGGGCUGCAGCCCCUCCGCUCCUGGCCGGGGCAGGGACCGCUUGCCCAGGGGGCCCUGGCGCCCCCCGAAGAGGAAGGCCUCCGGCCCCCGGGACUCUGCCCAGCCCUGCAAGAGGCCACCCCGCCGGCGGCACUAGCAGGGCUCUGUCAACCCUUGAUUCAAGGAAAAGGAAAUAAAUUCCUGUUUCCCUGA